AUGCAUGAUCUUAUCCAUGAUCUGGCACUUUCAGUUUCCAGUCCCUUUUGUUGCCAAGUGAAUGAUAUGAAACAUUUUGAUGAAAAAUCUCGUCAUGUAUCACUGCUUUCAGAACAAGUUGAGAAGCCUGCAAUAGAGAUCGCCAACAAAUCGAAGAAGCUGCGCACACUUUUACUUCCAGUUCAACACUUGCAACUGAGAGCCUUUGGGAAAGGACAAGGUGAGAUAAUUCACUCACUUACAUAUAUGCGUGUGCUAGACCCGAGUUCAAGCACAGUUGUCACACUGUCAGAUUCAAUUGGGAGGUUGAAGCUCUUGCGCUACCUCGAUUUAUCGGCAACUGAAAUCAGAAAGCUCCCUGACUCGGUAUGCAACCUCUUCAAUUUGGAGACGUUGAAACUUUUGCGUUGUCCUUGGAUUUUCAAUUUGCCCAAGAACUUCAAAACUCUUGUCAACCUGAGACAUCUGGAGCUAGAUGAAAUUUUCUGGUACAAGGCCUUGAUGUUGCCACGAAGCAUGGGGUGUCUAACCAGUCUGCACAACUUGCACAAAUUUCCGGUUAGCCGCGAAACAGGAAACAAACUUGAAGAAUUGAAUAACAUGGUGUACCUUAGAGGAACGUUGCACAUGUCAAAGCUGGAAAAGGGUGGGCUACCAACCUCCCUCCUGCAUCUCUCUAUCCAACGCUGUGCCUCGCUGAUAGAACAAUGCGGGAAGGAAGGCAGUGAUUGGCCCAAGAUCAAACAUAUCCCUGAUCUGGAAAUGGGGAUGCCAUCCACCGAAACUGCAACCUCAUCACCAUCUUCUUCUUCAGCAGCUUGGUACCAUCUUGGUGGGAGCUGCGCUUGCAGAGGACAAGCUUCAAAAGGAAAAAUGGUUGCAGAAUGAUGCCAAGCUUCUCGCAAUGCAGGACAAGUUCGUACAGUAUUCCGUUCAUCUCUAUUAGGCAAUCAUUAGCUCGUAGCUUGAGAUAUAUUUCAUGCAUGCUUAACACAUAUGCAUCUCAAGCAAAGUACUAUAAUCAACCAAUUAUGUUAAAGGCUCUAUAUGAUUGACUUGCAGAGGGAUCUGAAGCUGGACGGAAAGCCUUGAGACGACGUGUUUCUGGAAUCCAGCAUGAUGGUGAAAAUCAAAGUGUACGCAGCCAGUUGACGAGAGAGACAAUGCAUUGCAUUCUAAAUCUAUAACCUAAGUUGUUUAGUUUCUAUACAAUAAGCAGCCUUCCUCCAUCUUCCUCCACCUAUGUUGGAAGGGAAGACUGCCCGAUGAAUUUAUGAUUCAAAGUCAUAUGUACAUACAAAUUAUUACAAAACAGAAUGGUAAUAAUUCAAACCCGGGUUUCAUAUUA